AUGGAGGAGGUCGAACGGCAGCUCUUGGCGACAAAAUCUUGGAAAGCACCUGGCGAAGAUGGCCUACCAGCGACCAGGCAGUGGAGACAUGCAAAGAUCAUACCACUCAAAAAGCCGAACAAAGAGAACUAUACCAUUGCCAAGGCCUGGAGGCCGAUUUCACUCCUCGCGACACUGGGCAAAGUACUGGAAUCAGUCAUCGCAGAAAUAAUCUUACACGCGGUGGAAACUUACGGCCUGCUUCCGACCAGCCACUUCGGGGCCCGUAACCAACGAUCAGCGGAGCAAGCACUCCUACUUGUACAAGAGCAAAUCUACGCGGCGUGGCGUGGCCGACGGGUCCUGAGCUUGAUCAGCUUCGAUGUCAAAGGAGCUUACAAUGGGGGAGGAGCGAUCGCCUUCGUGGACGACUUUACCGCGUGGGUGACUGGACCAACUGCGCAGAGCAACCGGCAAGGUAUUGAAACAAUCGUCAAUGAAGCACUCGACUGGGAAAGAAGAAGUGGAGCGACUUUUGAAGCCGAAAAAACCGCGAUUAUACACUUCGCCCCCAAGGCCCACAAGUCGGACUCGGAGCCAUUCACCAUUAAGGGAGAGACCGUCGAACCCAGAGACCAUGUCAAGAUUCUUGGCGUCACCAUGGACACAAGACUCAAGUACAGGGAACAAAUCGCGAGGGCAGCGUCCAAGGGCCUGGAGGCGGCGAUGGAGCUUCGGCGGCUGCGGGGCCUAUCCCCCGCAAUAGCGCGGCAGCUAUUCACCUCGACGGUGGCCCCGGUGGUGGACUAUGCCUCCAAUGUCUGGAUGCACGCUUUCAAGAAUAAGAACGUCGGGCCGAUCAACCGAGUACAAAGGGUAGGAGCGCAAGCGAUUGUCGGGACAUUCCUCACAGUUGCGACCAGUAUAGCGGAAGCGGAGGCCCACAUCGCCACGGUCCAACACCGGCUCUGGAGACGAGCUGCGAAGAUGUGGACAGACAUGCACACCCUACCAGUCACCAAUCCCCUCCGCAAAAGUACAGCUCAGAUCAAGAAAUUCAGAAGAUACCACCGUUCGCCAUUGUAUCAGGUCGCAGACGCGCUGAAAAGCAUCGAGAUGGAAACACUGGAAACCAUCAAUCCAUUCAUAUUGGCACCAUGGGAGGAACGUGUACAGGGCGAUGGUCAGGAUUUACCAGAGACACAGACCGAAACGGGCGGAGUCAUGCGGAUCGCGGUCAGCAGUUCGGCGCGGAAUGAGAUGGUAGGAUUCGGCGUGGCGACUGAGAAGCAGCCCCCUCGGUACCGAAAGCCGAGGCUGAAGACCUUCUCCGUCACACUGGGCACAAGAACUGAGCAGAACCCAUACUCCGGCGAAUUGGCAGCAAUGGCACACGCACCGAACACGCUACACGGGCUGAAACGGUGCAGAGUCACGCUGCUCACGAGCAAUAAAGCGGCGUCACUUACGCUGAAGAAUCCCCAUAAGCAGUCGGGCCAGGAACACAUCUGCCAGAUAUACAAGUUGAUGCAAAGACUACGGAGACACGAGAACCGGGUCCACAUCCUUUGGAUUCCCAUCAGCGAAGAUCACAGGCUGUUAGGUCUGGCAAAAGAGCAGGCCAGAGCCGCGACUAAGGAAGAAGCUAGCCGACAAGCACAAGUCCCCCGAAUGAAGUCGACCACCCUGAACAUUGCACGAUCCCAAGUCGCAGCCACACUUCCAGGGAAACAUACGCGGAAGCUGUACGAUCGAUUAUCGUGGAAAGAAGCGAGCGUGGUAGCCCAACUCCGGACUGGCAUGGCGAGACUCAAUGGAUACCUCUACCGAAUCAACGUCGCGGAGACGGAUCAGUGUGCAUGUGGACAAGCAAGAGAGACCGUGGAGCACUUCCUAUUUCGAUGUCAAAAAUGGACGGCGCACCGGACGGAACUACUACAAUGUACCAACACCCACCGAGGAAAUAUAUCCUUCUUCCUAGGAGGAAAGUCGCCUUUGGAUGACCAGAACUGGAAGCCGAAUUUGGAAGCAGUGCGAGCCGCGAUACGGUUUGCAAUCGCCACGGGCCGACUCGACGCCGCUUAA